CUUGUCCCUUAUCUCCCACUCUCUCUCUCUUCUCCUUCAUCUUCUUGUGCUCCUUCAUCAUCUUUCUUGUUCAAUCGUCGUUAAUUAUUUGAAAAAUGCCCAUAUUUUCAUAGCUGUUCGACCCAACUGAGCUCUUACUCGCGACUCACCAGACUUGCUGUUACCUUUCUAUUUGCCCUGCUGGUUGAGAAAGUCUUGGAUGCCACAGUUGUGUGGGUUCUUCGUCUUCAACCCCCCCAAUGAUUAAGAUCGGUUUCUUGUUUUUCUCUCCCUCCACCCACUUCUUCUGCUUCUAGAUUGAAGAUAGGGGGGGAGAAAGAGAGAGACUUUCUGUGUUCAAAAGAAUACGUGAGGGCAUCAUUUGGGUGUUCAAGUAAUCCAAAUCCCAGGUUUCUUUUUGGUCUUAUUAAUUGCUGCAUAAAGAAACACGGAAAAAUGAUUUGUUCUGGGUUUGACAAAUAGUUCAGAGUUCCACUUACCAUGUAAAACAAUCAAGAAUCUAAUAUCUAUAGAAGGCAAGGAGAGAGGGGUUUCUUGGUUUCCACUGGUGCUGUAUCAGAGUCAAGAGUGCUAACUGUGAUGGAAGCACUGGAGAGGCAAAAGAGCUUCCCCAGGAAGAAGAUGGCCAAACAGUUGACGGUGAAGCGAGACGACACUCCGUUGCAUUUGGCAGCGAGAGCUGGGGAUUCAGAGUCCUUGUUGAGCGCGCUAUCCGAGUCUGGAGAGAUGGAAUUGAAGGGCUUGUUGACCAAGCAGAAUCAAUCUGGUGAAACCAUACUGUAUGUUGCUGCUGAGUGUGGCCGUGUUGAUCUGGUGAGGGAGUUGAUGGGGUACUAUGAUAUCGGUUCAGCUGGAAUCAAGGCAAAGAAUGGAUAUGAUGCUUUUCACAUAGCUGCAAAGCAAGGAGACUUGGAUGUGUUGAAGAUUCUUAUGGAGAAGAGUCACGAGCUUUCGAUGACCUCUGACUCUACUAAUACCACGGCGCUGCACACUGCUGCUGCACAAGGCCACUUUGAAGUGGUGACUUUCCUCUUGGAGGAAUGUGGAAACCUAGCCCCGAUAGCAAGAAAUAAUGGGAAGACGGCCUUGCAUUCAGCAGCAAGAAAUGGGCAUUUGGAGGUUGUGAAGGUCCUUCUAAGCAAAGAACCAGGGUUAGCAACCAUGUGUGAUAAGAAGCGCCAAACGGCUCUUCACAUGGCAGUCAAGGGACAGAGUACGGAUCUUGUUGAGGAGCUCAUGAUUUUGGGUCCUUCUAUACUUAACAUGGUUGAUAAUAAGGGGAAUACUGCGUUGCAUAUAGCAACACGAAAGGCUCGAGCUCAGAUCCUCUCUAAGCUUUUGAAUCACUCAGACCUCGACAAAACAGCGGUUAACAAAUCUGGGGAGACUGCCCUGGACACUGCCGAGAAAGCUGGCCAAUCCGAAAUUGCUGCCGUCCUGCGGGAACACGGCAUUCCUAGUGCUAAAUCUAUCAAUCCACCAACACCGACCGGGGCCCGGGAGUUGAAGCAAACUGUGAGCGACAUAAAGCACGAGGUCCAUGACCAGCUGGAGCACACUAGACAAACGAGGAAACGAGUGCAGGGGAUCGCCAAGCGGAUCAACAAGAUGCACUCGGAGGGCCUCAACAACGCCAUCAACUCCACAACGGUCGUGGCUGUCCUGAUUGCCACAGUGGCCUUUGCCGCCAUCUUCAGUGUGCCGGGCCAGUAUGCUGAUGACCCCAAGAAUGUCCCGGCAGGGCACUCUCUCGGGGAAGCAAACAUUGCUCCGAAACCCGAAUUCAUCGUCUUCUUCAUAUUCGAUUCCAUCGCGCUCUUCAUAUCUCUGGCAGUCGUGGUGGUUCAGACCUCGGUGGUGGUCAUAGAGCGGAAAGCGAAGAAGCAAAUGAUGACGGUCAUCAACAAGUUGAUGUGGUUGGCGUGCGUGAUGGUGUCGGUGGCAUUCCUCGCGCUGUGCUACGUGGUGGUGGGGAAGCGCGAUUGGGGGUUGGCAGUGGGAGUGACUGUCGUCGGAGCCGUGAUCAUGAUAACGACUUUAGGGACGAUGUGCUAUUGGGUGAUCAUGCACCGGGUAGAGGCUUAUAAAUUGAGGAGUAUCCGGAGGUCGUCGAUGAGUAGUAGGUCGAGGUCGUUGUCGAUGUCGAUGAUGAUGUCAGAUUCAGAAAUUUUGAACAGCGAGUUUAAGAAAGUUUAUGCUCUCUGAGACUAUCUGCUGACAAGUCCGACGCCGAUGCCGACACCGGAGAUAGGGAACAUUAACCUAGAACUGUUGUUUGUACAUAUGAAUCGGAGGCUUUGUAGAAUAACCUGCUCUCUACCACUUCUUUGCAGAAGAUAUCGACUGUAGAAGUUGAUAAGAAGAUGAUCUGCAGUAUGAGAUGCAGGGUUUUUCUGGCAAUGAGUGGCCACUUCCCUCUCAAUUGAUGUUCCUAGAGUUAGGUUCGUGAUCAUUAAUGAAUUUGGCUAUUGUGCUGUAAA